CAGCACAUACUGCAAUCAGAGCUCACUCAACAGCAAUGACUGAUGUUACAGCAGCUACAGACUCAACAAAUGACAUCGCAACAGAUUCAGUUAUUCGUGUUACAAAUGAUUCUACAGCAGAUACAACUGAUGGACUUGCCACAGAAAUAUCCAUGGAAACAAUUACAAGCAGCACUGUGGAAUCUAGAACCGGAUUAUCAGAUGAAUCAACCAACGGUGACCUGACAGAAAUGACAACAAUAGAAGAAUUUUCAACAUCUUUGCCGGAUGACCCUACCACUGAUACUACAGAUCCGUCAAUCAACACACCAAAAUUUACGGCAGGAACUAUAGCAUUUACUGAUGAAUUACCAAUUGGUUUCACUGAUGACUCAGCCACAAAUGUUACAGAUGAAUCAACAACAGCCUUUGCAACUGAUUCAUCAGAGGAAGAUUCAACAGAGGAAACGGAACUAUCAACUGUAGGAUUUACUGAUCAAUCAACUACAACACAACCAAACACAAGAGCUAUAGCUGAAUCCACCUUAGAAGAAAUAACUGUAGACUACACUGACAAUACUACAGAUGAAGCACGGGAAUUGACAACAGCCUUCACAUCAGACAUAUCUACAAAUGAUUCAUCAGAGGAAGAUUCAACAGAGGAAACAGAACUAUCAACUGUAGGAUUCACUGAUCAAUCAACUACAACACAACCAAACACAAGAACUAUAGCUGAAUCCACCUUAGAAGAAAUAACUUUAAAUGUCACUGAUGAUACUACUGAUGAAGAAUUGACAACAGCUUUCACGUCAGACAUUUCUACAAAUGAUUCAUCAGAGGAAGAUUCAACAGAGGAAACGGAACUUUCAACUGUAGGAUUUACUGAUCAAUCAACUACAACACAACCAAACACAAGAGCUAUAGCUGAAUCCACCUUAGAAGAAAUAACUGUAAAUGUCACUGAUGAUACUACUGAUGAAGAAUUGACAACAGCUUUCACAUCAGACAUUUCUACAAAUGAUUCAUCAGAGGAAGAUUCAACAGAGGAAACUGAACCGUCAACUACAGGAGUUACUGAUCAACCAACUACAACACAACCAAACACAAGAACUAUAGCUGAAUCCACCUUAGAAGAAAUAACUGUAAAUGUCACUGAUGAUACUACUGAUGAAGAACUGACAACGGCUUUCACGUCAGACAUUUCUACAAAUGAUUCAUCAGAGGAAGAUUCGACAGAGGAAACGGAACUAUCAACAGUAGGAUUUACUGAUCAAUCAACUACAACACAACCAAACACAAGAGCUAUAGCUGAAUCCACCUUAGAAGAAAUAACUGUAAAUGUCACUGAUGAUACUACUGAUGAAGAAUUGACAACAGCUUUCACGUCAGACAUUUCUACAAAUGAUUCAUCAGAGGAAGAUUCGACAGAGGAAACGGAACUAUCAACAGUAGGAUUUACUGAUCAAUCAACUACAACACAACCAAACACAAGAACUAUUGCUGAAUCCACCUUAGAAGAAAUAACUGUAGCCUACACUAACAAUACUACAGAUGAAGAACUGACAACAGCUUCUUUCACAUCAGACAUAUCUACAAAUGAUUCAUCAGAGGAAGAUUCAACAGAGGAAACGGAACUAUCAACAGUAGGAUUUACUGAUCAAUCAACUACAACACAACCAACCACAAGAACUAUUGCUGAAUCCACCUUAGAAGAAAUAACUGUAGCCUAUCACUAAUGAUACUACUGAUGAAGAACUGACAACAGCUUUCACCAUCAGACAUUUCUACAAAUGAUUCAUCAGAGGAAGAUUCAACAGAGGAAACGGAAC